AUUAUACAACAAUAGGAAAAUAAAAUUAAUAUUCCUUAUUCUCUUUCUACACACCAUUUUUUUGUGGACUCAGUCGCCGGAACUCUGCUUCUCCAUCUCCUCUCUGGAUCUACGCGCAAAAACACUUCUUCUCAAUAUCAUCAUUGCCAAUUUUAAUUUUUUUUCUUGUGUACAAGUUUUUUUUCAUGAUUUUUCACCGAUUUUUUUGCUGUUUUUUUGUUUUCAAGUGAAAAACGAGCCAGUUGUUGAGUAGAGAGUUUUGUGUGUUGAAUAUUAAUGUGUAUAUGUAUGGAUUGGAUUAUCUGAGGGAGUUAGGGUUUGUAUAGCAGAGUUUACUGGCACAGUUUGGUUAGAGAAUUGUAUGUGCUAAUUAGGUUUGGGAAGCCCGAGCUCGGCGCUCGGGAAUGGGAAGCAUGGCUUUGGAGAAUGAACAGCAGGUCCGGAGCAAUGUGGAGUCGAAUUACGGCAGCGGCGGCAGCUAUUUGCAGAAAUUCAGGCUUUAUGAAACUCGUUCGAAUUUUUAUAUGAUUGGACGGGACAAAAAUAGAACGUGUUGGAAAGUCUUGAAGAUUAACAGGUUAGAGCAGUCGGAGCUAGCCAUCACUGAAGAUUCCACUACAUAUUCGGAAAUUGAAUGCUACGAUCUCCUAAAAAGAAUUCAUGAAGGAAACAAGUCUACUGGAGGACUGAAAUUUGUUACCACCUGCUAUGGAAUUAUUGGAUUCAUAAAAUUUUUGGGACCUUAUUACAUGCUACUUAUUUCCAAAAGAAGGAAGGUUGGCACGAUUUGUGGUCAUGCAGUAUAUUCUGUUGCCAAGAGCGAGAUGAUUCCAAUAACCAAUGCUACUGUGCACUCAAAUAUGGCUUAUUCUAAGAAUGAGAACAGAUACAAGAAGCUCCUACGCAACGUGGAUCUGACAAAGGACUUCUUUUUUAGCUACUCCUACCAUGUUAUGCUUAGUCUUCAAAAGAACCUAAGCAAUCAUGAAACAGGAUUAAUUCUCUACGAGACAAUGUUUGUCUGGAAUGAAUUCCUAACUCGGGGAAUACGCAAUCAGCUCAAGAAUUCGAUUUGGACGGUGGCAUUGGUUUAUGGAUUCUUUAAACAGGUUAAACUUUCAAUUAAUGGCCGUGACUUUAAUCUAAUUCUUAUUGCUAGACGAUCCCGUCAUUACGCUGGAACCAGGUACUUAAAACGGGGGGUGAAUGAGAAGGGCCGUGUAGCAAAUGAUGUUGAGACUGAGCAAAUUGUGCUUGACAAUGCGCCGGAAGGAAGCCCCAUACAGAUAUCCUCUGUUGUGCAGAACCGGGGUUCAAUACCCCUCUUUUGGUCACAGGAGACCUCGCGAUUGAAUAUUAAACCUGACAUCAUAUUAUCGAAGAAGGACGACAAGUAUGAAGCUACCAAACUUCACUUUGAGAACCUAGUCAAGAGAUAUGGGAAUCCUAUUAUUAUAUUGAAUUUGAUUAAGACUCGUGAAAAGAAGCCCAGAGAAUCCAUUCUCCGUGCAGAGUUUGCUCAUGCAAUUGAAGUUAUUAAUAAAGAUCUUACCCGUGAAAAUCGCUUGAAGUUUCUUCACUGGGAUUUGAGUAAAUACUCCAGAAACAAAGCAUCAAAUGUGUUGGCAUAUUUAGUCAAAGUGGCAGCUAAUGCAUUGGAUUUAACUGGCUUCUUUUACUGUCAAGUACUCCCAUCUUCAAGCCAACUCCCAUGCAGUAACAAUUGCAAUGGUGAUUUUGCUGAUGAGGACCUUUGCAAUGUGACUAAGGAUGCCGACGAAGACAGCACUAGUGGCCGUGAUGUGAAUGGAAGUCAUUUUCUCAAGCCUCCAGUGUUUCAGAAAGGGGUUCUAAGAACAAAUUGCAUAGACUGUUUGGAUCGCACAAAUGUUGCACAAUAUGUCUAUGGCCUGGUUGCUCUUGGUCAUCAGUUGCAUGCAUUAGGAUACAUUAAUGUUCCUACCAUUAGUUUAGACUCCCCUUUAGCUGAUGAUCUAAUGAAGACAUAUGAAGCUAUGGGUGACACACUUGCUCUUCAAUAUGGUGGAUCUGCAGCACACAAUAAGAUCUUUUCAGAGAGAAGAGGUCAGUGGAAAGCAGCAACUCAGUCCCAAGAGUUAUUGAGAACUCUUCAACGUUACUAUAGUAAUGCGUACAUGGAUGCUGAGAAACAAGAUGCCAUAAAUGUGUUCUUGGGGCAUUUCCAACCACAACCAGGUAAACCAGCUCUCUGGGAACUAGAUUCUGAUCAGCAUUACAAUGUUGGAAGGCGUGGUUCUGAUUUUGCAGAGGAAAAUGCUAGGUUGAUAAUCAAAAGGUCACUAUCUGAUGGUAACAUCCUCUGCGACAGCAACUCACCUAUUGACGAUGCAAAGGUUAUACAGAUGGACAAUUCUCACAGGCCUUUGCCUGCAAAAAUGCAAGGCUGUAACAUGGGUCAUUCAGAUUCAACUCCAGAAUUUUCAACUUGUGAGAGUGAUAUAUCUUAUUCCAGGUAUACCCCCUCAAUGUCUCGAAGACAACUUUUCCCUGAUAUGCAACCAGAGCACUAUCUUGAAAAUGACAGCAUAUAUUUUGUUGAACGUGGAGAUUCAUUUAAUUGUUCAAAUUUUCUUGAUGUCGAUUGGCUUUCGUCAUCUGGGAAUUCAUGUGAAGAAGAUACAUACGAGAGAUCAUGGCUAAUUGGAUCUCCAUAUGUUGGUUUGUCAUCGGGCGAAAUUAAAGUGGAAGCAGGCUCAUCUUAUCGCUCUGGAUCUAGCAUGAAGGGAAAGGAAUUGGCUAGUGGUGAUCUCAGUUACAGUGGUGCAUGCAGCUCCAAUGAUCUGACAGGAUUUUCUGAAACAUUUGUUCAUUGGGUCAACCACGGAAAUAUGCUUUUUCCUUGAGGUUGACGGAAUUCAUCACAAGCUAAUUUUCUGCCGUUAUUGGACUUGAGGAAUUCAUCCGAAGGAUGUUGAUUAAGUAACCGAAAAUAAAUGGGAAAAAAAGGUGAUACUAGAGAAGGAAAUGGUGAAGAUUUUUUGGUACAGAGCAUAGAAUUAUUAUCAAAGCGAAGAUAUUCUCAAGUUGUACAUUUGCAGAACUAAUUUUACCAGUCUAGGAAAUGAUUCAGAUCAGAGAGUAAACAUAGUAAUACUGCACUGCAUCCCCUUUGGUUUCUUUGGUCCUUUCUCUAGGUUGUAAAUAUUCCGUAGCUACUGUUUACUGUUAUUCUGUUUUUCAUGUUUUUGUAAUAUAAUUAUUAUGUUAUUGCCAUCUUUGUUUCUUC